CGAGUCGAUACAUUGCGCGCAGGCGCAGUGCCGCGGGCCCACGUGGGGCGCUGAGCUGCCGGGACCCCGGGCUUGGGUGCGGCACCAUGCCGAAAGCGAAGGCGGCCAAGGGCGGCCAGGCUCCCCGGGGCCGGGGCUUGGGCCUGGCCGAGCAGAUACUGCAGGGCGACGCGGUGAAGCCACUCGGCCGCCAGAAGGAGCGGCACCGCAGGCAGGAGGCCCGGGCCCAGGACCGGGACCGGGAGGAGUACGUGGACGCCCGGCUGAGCCGCAGGAUCCUGGAGCAGGCCCGAGCGCAGCAGGAGGAGCUGGAGGCCGAGCACGGCGGCGGCGGCCCGGGCAGCAGCGCCAAGACCACCGUGCUGGGCUCAAGUUCAAAGGGUAAAGAUUCUGACUGCGAUUCGGACGAUGAGUGGCCAACACUGGAGAGCGCGGCUGCGAUUACGAAGGAAGGCUACAGCGAGGAAGUCGUCGUGAACCCAGAGGAUGAGGCGGCAAUAGAUAUGUUCAUGAACAAAAAUCCUCCACUGAGGCGCACUCUUGCCGACAUCAUCAUGGAGAAGAUUACAGAGAAGCAGACAGAAGUGCAGACAGCCAUGUCGGAAAUCUCUGGCCUACCGAUGCCACAGCUCGACCCCAGAGUCGUGGAGGUGUACAAGGGUGUUCGUGAGGUACUAUGCAAGUAUAGAAGUGGGAAACUUCCAAAAGCCUUCAAGAGUCCAGCGUUGUCGAACUGGGAGCAGAUACUAUACCUCACUGAACCAGAGAGCUGGUCAGCAGCAGCCAUGUACCAGGCAACCAGGAUCUUUUCUGCCAACCUGAAGGCCAAGAUGGCCCAGAGGUUCUACAACUUGGUGCUUUUACCUCGAGUGAGGGAUGACAUUGUGGAAUACAAACGCCUUAACUUCCACCUUUACAUGGCCUUGAAGAAAGCGCUUUUCAAGCCUGGAGCCUGGUUUAAGGGUAUUCUACUUCCUCUGUGUGAGUCAGGCACAUGCACAUUAAGAGAGGCUAUCAUCAUCGGCAGCAUUUUGACCAAGUGCUCCAUCCCCGUCCUCCAUACCAGUGCUGCAAUGCUGAAGAUUGCAGAGAUGGAAUAUAACGGUGCAAACAGUAUCUUCCUGCGACUGAUGAUUGACAAGAAAUAUGCUCUUCCUUUCCGAGUUAUCGACGCGCUGGUUUUCCACUUCUUGCAGUUCAGGACUGACCAGCGAACGCUGCCCGUGCUGUGGCACCAGUGCCUGCUCACCUUUGCCCAGCGCUACAAGGAGGACUUGUCCUCCGAACAGAAGGACUCGUUGGUGGAACUGCUGAGGAUUCAUUGUCAUCCAAGCAUCUCUCCGGAGAUCAGGCGUGAAUUGGUCAACUCCAAGUCGAGGGACGUAGAAGUGGGAAUGGCAGUGGAAUGACUCCUUUGUGGUCCUUCCCUGCUGGUUUUGUGCUCUGGGUGAAUAAAUAUCUGGAUUUGAAGUAAUACUGAUCUAACCAAUUAGCUUGGAUUUCUAUUUGAUGUGGAGAUCAAUAUCUCGUUAUUAAUUGAUAUGUUUUUAUGUUGCCUUAAUCCUUAUGAAAUGGUCAUUUUACAUAGUGCUCAAGCGUGCCUUGACACGACAGGUCCUCCCCAGGUUACAACAGGGUUCUGUUCCUGAGAGGUGUUCGUAAGGCACAGUUCAACAACAGUGUGUGAGAGAGGAUCACAGAAACGGUGACAGGAGAGCGAGCAGGUGUGGCAAGUGUGGCCGCCAGCCGGCCUCACUGACUCGGUGAGCGAGUCUGCUCAGUGCUCCCGGCUCUGCUCAUUGUUACAACUCUGGGUGUAGUGGUGAGAGAGAGAGAAAGCACAUGAAAAUUCCCUGUUCCCACCUAGCAGAAGAUGCCUGCAGCCCCCACAGCACCUGGCAAAUCCAUCCCUCCAGCCUCCGGGUGUCCAUAGAUUGAGUGUUCGUAACCCAGAGAGGGGCUGUGCUUUGAAGAGUCUGAAGUCUAAAUCACCAAAAAUGCACAUUAUCUGGACAAUUCUCACUGCAUUUUGUGGGAGCUUAAUCUGUGUGAAUUGUGUUGUCUGCUUAAUAACAACUACAGUUUGUAUUUCCAUCUACAUAGCUGUAAACUGGUAAAUUGUUUUAUUAUUUGUCACGUACUGAGGUGCAGUGAAAAACAUUGUUUUGCAGGCUGUCCAUACAGAUCAAUUCAUUACACUGCAGUGAGGUAGUUUAAGGGAAAAAAAUAAUGCAGAAUAAAGCGUUACAGUUACAGAGAAAGUGCAGGUAGACAAUAAGGUGCAAAGCCAUAAUGAGGUAGAUUGUGAGGUCAGGAGUCCAUCUUAUUGUACUAUCAUAUCGUCUGGCCAGCGUUAGAUACAUGGAGUUAUACAGCACAGAAACAGGACCUUCAGCCCAACUUGUCCCCAGUUAUCCAAGUUAAUCCACCGUAACCGUAAAACUAAAGUGAUUUCCUCACAGGUGAGGGAACCAGGAAGCAGAGGAAAAUCGGUCUUGGUCUUGGGUCAGUUGUUGCAUUGACCCAGAGGUUCACGUUGCAACAAACUAGGCUGGCAAGUUACUUCAUUCACUCUUGCACGUGAUACUUUAAAUUGACUUGGGUCUGUCCAUGGAGAAUAUACCUUAUUGUCGACCUGCACUGUACUUUCUCUGUAGCUGUGACACUUUACUCUGUACUGUUAUUGUUUUUACCUGAACUACCUCAAUACACUCUGUACUAACUCAAUGUAAUUGCACUGUGUAAUGAAUUGACCUGUACGAUUGGUAUGCAAGACAAGUUUUUCACUGUACCUCGGUACAAGUGACAAUAAUAAACCAAUACCCAUCA